AAUUCACUGCUAAACCAGCCCGGCUGCUGUCAUAUCUCUCUGUCAACUUUAGGUUUCCUGUUGCAUCUUUCUAACAUCCUUUUUUUUUUCUGUGUGUGUUUUCUGAGAAUGUGAAAUAAGCGUUGCGUGUUCAGUACCGAGUUCAGAGCAAUUUGACAGUUUUAGUGACACCGACUCUCGGCUUCGGCUUUCUUCCUCGGGAGGACACAUCACUGGGUGAACAGCCAUGGUGCUGUUUCACCUCCCUCUCACCAUCCUCCUCCUCUUCCUCCUCCUCUUCAUCUCCUCCCUGUCAUGCACUGCCUCGUCUCAGCCCUCGGCACGUGGUCCUCCCCUCCUCCCCGCCCCGGCUGCCGCGGGUCCGGUUCUGCAGGGCCGGCCCUUCGUCGCGGUGUGGAACAUGCCGACAUCUCGCUGUCAGAGCCGGUACGACGUCCACAUGGACCUGGCAGACUUUGACAUCGUGGAGAACCGACAGCAGCGCUUCCAGGGACAGAAAAUGAGCAUCUUCUACCGGAACCGCCUGGGGAGGUAUCCUUACCUGUCCCGAAACAGGGAGGGCGGCGAAAGCACGAAGGUCAACGGUGGGCUCCCGCAGCGUGGCGACCUGGCCUCCCACCUCUCCAUCGCUGAGAUGCAGAUCUCCUGGCUGCUGCGGCCCAACUUCACCGGUUUAGCCGUGGUCGACUGGGAGGAGUGGAGGCCGCUGUGGACGAGGCUCUUUGGGACCAAGAUGGAGUACCGGAGACUGUCCAAGCAGCUGGUGAGGCAGGAGAGACCGGAUUUAUCGGAGAGGGAGGUGACAUCCAUGGCAAGGCAGGAGUUUGAAGAAGCAGCCCGGAAGUUCAUGGAGCAAACGCUGCGGCUGGGGAUCCGACUGCGCCCCAAGGGACUCUGGGGGUUUUAUGGGUUCCCCGCCUGCUUCAAUAAGCAUUCGAAAGACACAGAUGGCGGCUACACGGGGCGCUGCCACCCCGGGACCAAACGGCAGAAUGACCAGUUGUCCUGGCUCUGGCUCCAGUCCUCCGCCCUCUAUCCCAGCGUCUACCUGCCGCAGAGCCUGGCGGGGUCCCGGGACGCGGCUCUGAUGGUCAGAUACAGACUUCUGGAGGCUCUGAGGGUGGCAUCCGUUUGGCACCAUGGCAGCAAAGCCACGCCCAUCCUUCCAUACACCAGGCUGGCUUUCACACACACUGUGCACUUCCUCAAUAAGACAGACCUGGAACACACUUUGGGGGAGAGUGCAGCAUUGGGGGCUGCAGGCGUGGUGAUUUGGGGCGAGCUGAAAUUCGCUAAAUCCAAGCGUCAGUGCAUCCUGCUCAGAAACUACGUCCGCUCUGUUUUGGGUCCCUACAUCCGUUCGCUGAGGUCUGACACCAAGCGCUGCAGCCUCCACCAUUGCUACGGCAACGGGCGCUGCGCCAGGCAACAGCCCAGCUCCGGUCACCUGAUCUCCUCGGUGUCAGAUCUGACCUCUGACCCCAGCGAGGACAACUCUCUCCCCGACCCUUCCAGUGAACUUCAGCCUUUCCACAAACACUUCCUGUGUCGCUGCUACCAGGGCUGGACCGGGGAGAGAUGUCAAGAGAAGAAGAAGGAGAAGAAGAAGAAGAAGGAGAAGAAGGAGAAGAACGACAUAAAUGGAGACAAAACUUUCCAAGGUCCACAGCAAUCAGGGGCUGGAUUCAUGAAUCUGCUAUUAAAAUAGAUCUUAAGAAAGUGCAUUGGUUCAAUAUUUUCUUUGUGUCAUUUCUAAUGAACCUUUGGAUUCAAAGUCGGGCCUGAAUUAAUAAUGACAGAGCUGUUAUUUUUUCCUUGUUUGUUUGUUUGUUUGUUUGUUCCAAUAAGCAUGUUAAUCCUGUCUGUCUCUCAGCAAUCUCGGUGGAUUUUCUUCCCUAAAACCUGAAGCACUUAUUUCUAGACAGCCAAAGAAAAAAAUGAAAAACUGUUUAGAGCAACUACAAUGUGUGGUUUAUUUUAAUUUAUUUAUUUUUAAGGAGAAAUGAAAAGGCUUUACGGCAGCAUGAUUAGGAUUUGUCCUUUGCGGAUUGUAAACACAACACACGAAGUUGACUGGCAGUGAGUUUUUGUUUCCUACAAUGCCCGCCAAAAAGUAGCAUCACUGUCCUAAAAAGAACAUAAUUCACUUUAGAGUGAAUUAGAAUGUUUUCUUUAACAAUUCACUUAAAAGAUUAAAGCGGCUGCUAUCAGUGAUUGUAAACAUUUCCAUGUGCACAGUAAUGUCACUGCAGCAAAUAUGGUGGGACAUUUAAGCCGAAAAACUAAAAACUGUAUGUACAGAAUCAAACUUUGAGCCUCUGAAAUAUAUUUUUGAUUGAUUUUAUUGAUUGUUGAUUGAGCUCAGGAUUUAUCAAGAGGCUGCUUUACUCCAUACAGUUUAUGUGCAUGAACGUGGACGGUGUGUGUGUGAGCUUUUGGAUGUGCAGGAGAACACAGAACAUUAAUUAACAUGAGAUCCUGACCGUGUCUGUCAGUGUGGAGAUUUAAAUAAUCAAUGCAUUUUUAAGUAUUU